UUUUUUUUUAUUAAAAUAGAAAAGGGAAGUCAAAAAAUUUCUGUCAUUUACUUUUAUAACUAUAAUCUACGAUGGAUGUUACCGAGAUCUUAGAGUCCCAUAAAGCGCAAUUCAAGCCCAUUACAGUCGAAAAACUUGUUCCACUCGAUUUAGAUAUCAACCUUUUAUCAGCUUUUGAUACGAAUGCAUUGGAUGAAAAGACAUUAAAAAAUAACAAUAAAGUUGAAAAAUAUCUUUUAGAUUUAACAAGAGAUAAUACACAAUUGAUUGUCAAUGAACUUUUCAAAUUACCUGUAAAUAGUACCGAUGUAGGAGUUCUUGCACAAUUACCUGAACGUACAACAGCCUUACCUCGUGAAAAGCCUUUGCCUAAAGAUAAACCUCUUACUCGUUGGGAGAAGUUUGCUAAAGCGAAGGGUAUUCAAAAUAAGAAACGUGAACGUAUGGUAUUCAACGAAGAAACUGGCGAAUAUGAACCUCGUUGGGGUUAUAAAGCUAAGGAUAAAGAUCAACUUGAGGAUGAUUGGCUUUUGCCUGUUCCUGAUCAUGUUGACCCUAUGGAGGAUCAAUAUGCAAAGGCUCGUGAGGCAAAGAAGGCACGUGUGGAAAAGAAUUUGAAACGUCAACGUCGUAAUGAAGAAGAGAGAACUGCGGCUACCUUGGCAGGUAAAAAGGAUAUCAAAGAAUUUAAAAAGAAUGAACUUGAAACAGCUAUUGCUGCAUCCAAGAAGGCUACAGCUAGUCUUGGUAAAUUUGAUGCCAAGUUAAAGGGUGAAACAAAGAUGAAGGGUGUGACUCAUCAAUUUAGCCCUACCAUUGGUGAUGUGAAAGCCGAAAAGAAUAGUUCCUUGGAUAUUUUGAAUAAAAUUGUUGGUAAAUCAGAUAUAUUAAACACAGAUAAAGCUGCUCGUCUACAGGCAAAGAAGAGAGAUGCCGCUAAUUUUGAAGCCAAGAAAAAAAGAAAAUAAAGAAUGAUUUGAUGGUGUUGUUUAAUAUUAUUUUUUUCCCUGUAAUAUGUAUAUCUUUAAUUUCAAAUAAAUGCCUUUUUAUAGAUGAA